AUGGCUUCGUCAUCAUCCAACGUGGUCGGUGUUCACUACCGAGUUGGCAAGAAAAUUGGAGAGGGAUCUUUUGGUGUUAUUUUUGAAGGCACCAAUUUACUCAACAAUCAACAAGUCGCUAUCAAGUUUGAACCUCGCAAGAGUGAUGCCCCCCAACUGCGAGAUGAGUACCGGACUUAUAAGAUCCUUGUGGGCUGCCCCGGUAUUCCAAAUGUUUACUACUUCGGCCAGGAGGGUCUCCACAAUAUUCUCGUGAUCGACUUACUCGGUCCUUCCCUUGAGGAUCUUUUUGAUCACUGUGGCCGAAGGUUCUCCAUCAAGACGGUUGUCAUGGUUGCCAAGCAAAUGCUUUCGAGGGUUCAGACCAUUCACGAGAAGAAUCUCAUUUACCGCGAUAUCAAGCCCGACAACUUCCUCAUUGGCCGCCCUGGCACCAAAGCUUCUAGCGUGAUUCAUGUGGUUGACUUCGGCAUGGCCAAGCAGUACCGUGACCCGAAGACGAAGCAACAUAUCCCAUACCGCGAGCGAAAGUCCCUUUCUGGAACUGCACGAUACAUGAGUAUCAACACCCAUCUUGGCCGUGAGCAGUCCCGCCGAGACGAUCUCGAAGCUCUUGGUCAUGUCUUCUUGUACUUUCUUCGAGGUGGUCUUCCUUGGCAGGGAUUGAAGGCGGCCACCAACAAGCAGAAAUAUGAGAAGAUUGGUGAGAAGAAGCAGACAACUGCUAUCAAGGAUCUCUGUGAGGGUUUCCCUGAGGAAUUCUCUAAAUAUUUGACGUAUGUCCGAAAUCUUGGCUUUGAGGAUACUCCUGACUACGAUUAUCUCCGGGAGCUCUUCACACAGGCUCUUAAGAACACUGGCGAGGUUGAGGAUGGCGAGUAUGACUGGAUGAAAAUUUCUAAGGAUUCGGGAAAGGGAUGGGAUUCGAAGAACCACAGCGGCGCGUACCUCCACAACCCCAAUGUGCGGCCUGGCCCCUCUCAGAUGGAGCUGCACAGCGGCCACCGUCCCGGGAAUACCACCUCUCACCAACAAGCACAAAACCUUACUGUCGGCCGUUUAAACGCCGCGCAACCCCCUCCUCCGUCUCCGAUCAAGCAGAUGGGCAAGCAGAGAGAUCGGCCAAGCGCCCCCGGCGCCUUGUCAGCGCAGAGGGGGAGCGGGGUUGGGGGUCUUCGGGACAUGGCCACGCCCACUGGCUCGACCCAGGCUCAGUUCCAGAACAGUGCCCAGAACCUGCCUCAGCAGCCGAGGACGUCCCAGCAAGGCCAGGCGACUCAGACCGCCCAGGCUAGUGGCCAACAGGCCAAUCCUCAGCCCAGUGGCUUCCAGAAGCUGAUGAAGACCCUAUGCUGUGGGUAA